UUGUCAGAACGGCCUCUCGAAGCAAGAUAAAUCCCUUUGGUUGUCUUUCGUGCUCUUUAUCGCAGAGACUUUGGUCGUUGUAUAAAAGAAAAAUGGAAUAGGACUGUGCCGAUAAUAGCUGGCGAUUUGUGAGCGUACAAGUGCGAUCGGUUGUGCAAUUCGGGUAUAGUUAGGAUCUCAGGUUGUCCUUAGGAAAGCUCUCGCGAUGUCUGAACAGAAGGCCUCCUUCUUGCCUCCGAGUCCCCAGUCGGAGCAAUCUCGCUUCAAUGAAGUGGAGAAGAUGGGCUUCUUGCUGAUGGUUGUGGCCUUAAGCACCACUUUCGGGACAGCCGUUCCUGUGGGUUACACAAUAGGCGUUGUGAAUGCUCCCGCUGAGUACAUGAGGAGUUGGUGUAACGCCAGCUUCUUGGAGCGCUACGGCGUGACGCUGACUGAUAACAGCCUGGACAUCCUCUGGGCAUCGAUAGUAUCUGUCUUCCUGAUCGGCGGCUGUGCAGGAUCUCUCGGUGGCGCUUGGAUUGCGGAUAAUCUUGGCAGGAAAAAGUCCUUAUUAGUGUGCGGCGCUCUCUUCGUGCUCGCCGCGAUAUUUUUCAUAUUUUGUCGCGCGGCAAAUUCCGUGGAAAUGCUAAUAAUUGGCCGACUGAUCGUGGGUUUCGCGUCUGGAUUGACGACCGCCACGCUGCCCAUGUACUUGCUGGAGCUGGCACCGCUCGCGUUGCGCGGUACUCUGGGCGUGUUCUGCUCGAUCGGCGUCACCGGGGGCGUCGUCGUUGGCCAGGUAUUCAGCUUGCAAGAGAUCUUCGGCACGGAUGAGCUGUGGCACUGGGCGCUGUCCUUCUAUGUGGUGCUCGUCAUUAUCUGCUUCUUGGCGGCUCCCUGGUGGCCUGAGAGUCCCAAAUAUCUCUACCUGACAGCGAACAGGAAGGACGAGGCGAAGAAUGUUCUGCUGCGUCUUCGCGGCAACGAUCCGAGCUUUGUGCAGUGCGAACUGGAGGAGAUGAACCAGGAACUCGUAGAGAAGUCCGACACGCGCUCUGUGAAGUCUGUGAUCUGUGAUCCGGCACUUCUGCUGCCGAUUGUGCUGGUGUGUGCCUUGCAAGGAGGACAGCAAUUGUCCGGAAUCAAUGCUGUCUUCUAUUACUCCGUCUCGAUCUUUGAGUCGGCCGGACUCAGCUCGACCAACGCCAAGUGGGCGAACCUGGGCGCUGGCUGUUUGAAUCUUGCCACGGCCUUCUUCACGCCGCUCCUCAUGAAGCACUUCAACAGACGCCCAAUCAGUCUGAUCUCGUGCCUGGGCAGCGGAAUCUUCCUCUUCAUCCUCACCUUCGUCGUCAACUACAUCGACUUCGCCUCGUGGAUGGCCUACGCAUGUAUAACGUGCGUUCUGCUCUACAUUCUGCUAUUCGCCAUCGGCCUGGGACCGAUUCCCUUCUUCCUGGGCUCUGAGCUGUGCGGCGUCUCUCAUCGCGCUGCCAUCAUGGCGCUGGGUUCCCUGGCCAAUUGGGCGGGAAACUUCGUCGUGGGCAUUUCCUUUCCCAUUUUGCAGACUCUCUGGGGCGCUUGGGUGUUUCUCCCCUUCGUCGUUACUUGCAUUCUCCUGAUCGCGCUGAUUUACGUCUACUUGCCGGAGACCAGAGGGAAGCAGGCGUCCGACGUUGCUCUGCUUGUGGCGAAAGGGUUCAAGUCGAAGCCUCUUGAGAUGUGAAAUAAACGAAUUAGAUUAUAUUUCAGAAGGUGCCGUCGAUCGUGCGAUCUCAGCUGCAUUUAAGCAUUCUCUGUCUUAUUGUUCUGUUCAAAUGGACAAGAUUUUGAAGACAAGCUGUGGUAAAUAAAUGGUUUUCCACAUGGA